GGGGAAAAAAAGAAACUUUUCUAAAACAUAGUAUAGCGGAGGAUAAGGAGUUUAAAUUUUUCCCAACCACUGGGGAGCGCAUAGACAGGUUCCUGCCCACUGAUGACAAUGUCAUUUCGAGACAGCAUUUUCUAUUUAGAUGGAUGGUAGAGAAUAAGAAGCUGUGGACAUAGCUAUUCAGAAUACAGUCGGGUCAGCAAUGGUUGCCUUUGGGGCAAAAAGCAAAACAAAACAAUUCUCGAGGUUAAACCACCAGAUGAAGAUUUUUGAGGAAAAUGAUUGUCUCCCUGUCAGAGAGUGAAGGAUUAUGUCACGUGAGUCUCGUCUAAGUUUAAAGCUGUCCGGGAGCAGCAGUGCCCAGCUCGCAGACCCAGCCGUACCAUCUUCUGCAGGACUGUUUUUUGAGCCUGAACCAAUUCCUUCCACACCCAGUUAUUUUCAACCCCGAGAGUUUUCCAGUUGUAUUUCCUGCGAAGACAACCCCAGCUGCAUCGACCAGAUCUUUGAUUCCUACCUUCAGAUGGAGACACCCCUGGACCCUUCACUCAAUUCCGUGCAAAGCACGUCACAUUAUUUCCCAGACAGCUCCCAGGCUGCCCCUUUCUGCUUCAACCAGAGCCUGACCCCAGGAUCGCCUUCAGAUUCCUCCACGCUCUCUGGCUCCCUGGACUACAGUUACUCGCCGGCUCAGCUCCCUUCCUACGCUCCAGAGAAUUACGCGUCUCCCCUGGCUCUGGACACUCGGAAUUGUGGGUAUCCCUCAGAAGACUACUCCUGCCAUCACUUGCCCUCACACACCCAGUACAACUGCUUCUCGUCGGUCCCCGCCCCCAUCUGUUACUGCGCAUCUUGUGAGACAGAGCACUUGGACAGCAUCCGGGCCUCUGAGUACUUUUCCUAUCCCAACACAGACUGUGUGGACUUUGCUUCCUCCACAGCAGCAGCCAGUGAGUUCUACAAAAGGGAAACAAACUGUGACGUCGGCUAUAGUUGAUAGAGACAAACGAACGACAGCCGAGUGGAAAAGGCCUGGCAUUUUCACCCCCUUUUUCUACCACACCCAAGGGAAGCCUUGAAAUAUAUAGUCCAUUAACAGACCAUCACAAGGGCAGUUGACAUGCCACCGUUUCCAAUGUCCUGACCCUGAGUCAGCACAGGUCCAGGGUCCUCAGAUCCCUCCACACUGCCACGCCUAUUUGUCGCUUCCAGGGCAAUAUAGGGAACUUCCUAUGGUUUUACUUUGCUCUGUAAUGAACAAAUCUCGCUCUCUUCUUCUUUUUUUUACUAAUAAAUAGUUUUGGGUUUCUAAA